AUGGGGAAUGUUGCCAGCCGUCUUGAUGAUGCGGGGAAUUUAUUUUUCAAGGAUCAGAAUCGCUUCGCGAUCGCAUCGGUCACGAUAAGUAACUCCAGGCGUCGUCUUCUGACCCUAUCCCCCAACGCGUUCCCAGCGGCGAGGUUCGCAGCCAAGCGCAAUGCUGGCGACGAUACUCCGAUCGAAUAUAUCCAGGACCCUGACACGCCGUCUGCCGCUCCGAUCCCGACCUUCAUGCUGCGCUUGUCAAACGAUGAGGAGUUGAUAUUCAAAUUUACUUUUAUCAUACGUCAGACACAGACCGGCAAUGCUCCAAACUCAGUCAAUGGUGUUUCAACCACCAUGCCCGAAGUGGUGGAUACUAGUCUCAUGGGCCUCACGUUCGCUCAUGCAUCUAACUCCAAAGAACUGGAUAAUUUGAUCACAAGAGAGUUCCACGCAAAUCCUAACCUUCAGAAUAAUUCUAAUGUUCAGUUGAUCGGCGAUUACUCUACUGAAGGCACUCCGUCCGUGACGUUUGACUGGUCAUGGAGAUGGAAGCCCCCGAAAGUGACAGAGGACAAAGGGGGCGGCUGGCGCAACAGCUGCAGUUUCUUGGAUUAUGAUCAGAGAACAAAUCGUCUCAACACCCUCGCACAUUUCUCAUUCUGGGUGCAUAAUUCGAUUCGUCCCCUACCGAGUCCCCAAAUCUCCUCACCAAACCUAGAGCUACCCCUCCUUCCGCGCUCUCGCAUUCCAUCAACCCAGUCAGUCCUAUCGCACUACAGCGACGCCGAAUCUUCUCUCCAAACUCUUCCUCGAACUCCUCCCCCCGCGCCCCCACCACUUCCACAACCACCACCACCACCACCAACUGCGCCCUCCCCACCCCCUCCUCCACCAGCCAAGGUGGACCUUCCACAUUCGCGGGCAGGCGAUGAGAUGAGCGGGGUGGAAGAUGGUCCCUUGUUCCGAGCGACCAUGAAAGCACUGGAAUCAAAGACAGGGAACAUGCGAGCCAAAAUAAAAAAAGUGCUCAAGAAAGCCGAAAACGCACAGCAGGCGCAAGUAAGCUGCAACGAAGCCAUGGAGGCGUUUUUAGGUUCAUUGAAUGAUGCUUCCACGUCCAAUGCAAACGCCAUACAACCUGCAUUGGACCACUAUUUUGAGAAGAUUGCUCGGCAGAUCUUGAAGUACGAGCAACUGAACACGAUCCAACUCCAAAAACUCGUAAUCGAACCUUUGAUCAAGUUAUAUCAUAAUGAUAUCAAACAAGCAGAGGCCAAAAGGAAGGAAUGGGACGAAGAAAGCCGUGAUUAUUACGCAUAUGUCAGUCGGUAUCUAGGGCAGCGACAGGAUUCGCUGAAAGAGAAGAAGCGUGCUGAGAGCGAUUCAAAAUAUCAAGCUAAGCGACGGAACUUUGAACUGAAGCGGUUUGAUUACUCUUCGUUCAUGCAGGAUCUUCAUGGAGGUCGCAAAGAACAAGAAGUUCUCUCGCACCUCACUAAGUACGCGAAUUUUCAAGCCAAGAAUUUCCUGGCAACCGCCACAAAGGUCGAAGGAAUGACUCCUCAAUUGGAUGCUCUUAUCCAUGAGGUGGACCAGGCCGACAAGGAAUUCCAAUUCCAGCGAACAGAACGCGAGGAGAAGCGUCGAGCUUUGGAAAAUGGCAGCAACCCAUAUCUUGAGCCUGACGUAGUGGCUGCUGCGGCUAGUGUACCCGUAGGGGAAAAUCCCAAUGGUGGCCCUUCUACCGAGGUGGAGCUUGGUCGCGCUGAUAGCACAGGCUCCCAGCUUCGGGGAGUCAUUAGCAACACCUCAUCGGUUUCGUCUCAGGCAAAUGCAGGCUCUAUUGCCUCAACCACGGGGACCAGUGCGCCUGCGUCAAACUCGACGACAACUAAUAAUGUGAGCCAGAAUCGCUUCAAGGGUAUCCGGGAUCUCGAAGAACAGAACAGUCUGGCACCCGAUAGAAGCAGCGGCAAGCAACGGAAAGAAGGCCUUCUCUGGGCACUGUCCCGUCCAGGAUCUCACAUCGAUCCCAAGGGAAUCAACAAACAGGCGUGGCAUAAAUUCUGGAUUGUUUUGGAUCAAGGGAAAUUGUCUGAAUAUAGCAACUGGAAACAAAAGCUUGAUCUACACAUGGAUCCCAUCGAUCUACGAAUGGCCUCCGUUCGUGAAGCUCGCAACGCAGAAAGACGGUUCUGUUUCGAAGUGAUCACCCCGCAGUUCAAACGUAUCUACCAAGCCACUUCAGAGGAAGAUAUGUCAAACUGGAUCAGGUCUAUCAACAAUGCGCUCCAGAGUGCGGUUGAAGGCCAAGGAACGCCACCUCCCUCUUCAUCUAGGAAUGAUGCACCCGCCAAUCGGGAUAUCGGUUCCGUCCUCACAGGAAAAAGCUCGUCGGUGUCUGGGCAUCACUCCUAUUCGUCCUCUAGCUCAAGCAACAAUGCUGGAGUCAUCCGCCGUACAACAGUCGGUGCGCGCCCGGGCUAUGUUCGUCAAGACAGCAACAAUUUUGAGGAGAAUCCUGCAAAACUCCUGCAAGUUGUGCGGGAUGCAGAUCAAGGCAACAACUGGUGUGCUGAUUGCGGGUCAUCUUCCAAGGUCGAGUGGGUGUCUAUCAAUCUUGGGAUCAUUCUCUGCAUAGAAUGUAGUGGAAUUCACCGUUCUCUGGGCACUCAUAUCUCCAAGAUUCGCUCACUUACGUUGGACGUUCAUUCCUUCUCGAACGAUAUCGUUGAGAUUCUUUUGCAAAUUGGCAACCGUGUCAGCAACAUGAUUUGGGAGGCGACCCUGGAUCAAACUCUCAAACCAAGUAGCAACUCUACCCGAGAGCAACGUUUGAAGUUUAUCACGGCCAAAUAUGUUGAUCGACUCUACGUUGAAAAUCUACCUUCGCCACGUUCUCGCUUCACAACACCCGAUGAAACUCUCCUUGCCUCUAUCAAAACGAAUGACAUUCAAGGCGUUCUCUACGGCCUUGCCCUGCGUGGCAAUGUAAACAUCACCGAUCGCUCCCGCAACACCCAUGCAACCUUCCUAGCGCUCGCCGCAGCCGAUCCUGCAUCUCCCGGCUCCACGCCGACCAGUUUGUCUGCCAGAUCUAGCGCUAAAGCCAUACCGUUCCCCAUCGCCGAACUACUUGUUCAAAAUGGCGCAGAGAUUCCCCCACAGCCCCCAUCCAUCCCUCUUUCCCCUGCGGCCCAGCUCUAUAUCAGUCAGCGGACCGCACGCACCUCCGCCUUUAGUGUGCCUCCACCGCCGCUAGGUGGGAGGUCUUCUGCAAACGAUACCCUUGGUUCUCUCCCAACUAUUCGCAGCAAGGAACCUUCCUCCACACCAAACACUGUAACUCUCGCGGAGAGCAGAGAUAAAGAUAAAGAGAAACUGUCCAAGAGAGGAAGCGCCGGCGCCCGCUUUGCGGGAAAAGUGGCUUCGCUUGGAAUUGAACGAUAA